ACUAAAUGAAUGCCCCUCUAUCUCCAUCUCGGCUCUCAUUCCCCCCUCCUCCUCCACCCAUUAUUACUUACAACCACUAUUCUUCCUCUCCAUCUUCCACCCCCCCCUCCCCUCACCCUUAUCCCCUCUUCUUGAUAACUUUCUUCAUUCUCCGAUUCUCCCGCUUACUAUCUGAUCAAGUUGUUUUAUUUACUUGGUUAUCCACUAGCCCACCCCAUCUCAACUCCAGAACUAUAAUCAAUCAUGUCGCUCGCAUCUGGUGUUUCUAUCACGGAUGAGUGCAUCACUGCAUUCAAUGACUUCCGCAUGAGCGGAGGCGCCAAGGGAAACAAGACCAAGUUCAUCAUCUUCAAGAUCGCCGACAACAAGAAGGAAGUCGUCGUCGACGAGGCCUCCCAGGACGAGGACUACGAGGUCUUCCGCAGCAAGCUCGAAGCCGCUAAGGACAGCAACGGUCGCCCCGCUCCCCGUUAUGCCGUCUAUGAUGUGGAAUACGACCUCGGUGGUGGUGAGGGCAAGAGAAGCAAGAUCAUCUUCAUCUCUUGGGUGCCCAGUGACACCCCUACUCUCUGGUCCAUGAUCUACGCCAGCACCCGCGAAAACUUGAAGAACGCCCUCAACAUCCACACCUCCAUUCACGCUGACGACAAGUCCGACAUUGAGUGGAAGACCGUCCUGGCCGAGGCCAGCGGUGGCAAGGCUGGCAAAUAAAUGACGGUGCCGGCUGGGUCCGGGCCAAGGUGACUGUGCUGGUUGUUGCAUCGCAACGCAUCAUCUCGAAUCGCGGCGGAAUCCGGAACGAAGCAACUCUCUCCGAGUCUCCCUGCACACAAAUAGUUCAAUAUGAGAACGUUACGACUUGACUCUGCUUUAUUCAUUUUUCUUCUCUCGUUUCUUUUGAUAGUGACCGUAUCAUCUUCAUACGAUUCUGGCGCUUUGCGAGGCCGAGCGUCUGGGAAGGAAUUCGUGCUUGUUUGUCAGCGUUCGCCUGUACACAAAGGUUACUGUUGCCUGACAUGGGGAAGGAGUGACAUGGCGGGUGUAGAGUAGACACGGAGAAUCAUUCUUAGCCGAUCAGUCCUGCGAUGUCUUCCGCCCUUCUUUGCUUCCUUUCGUGAUGUCUCUAUAGUAGCU